AUGGGUUUCCCCCUUGGUCCCCUGCUAGCUAAUGUGUUCAUGUCUUCAAUUGAAGAAAACCUCGAGCGAGAGGGUAAACUUCCUUCCUUCUAUCGAAGGUACGUUGAUGAUACACUUACUAUCAUGCCAAAUAUCGCAACAGCAUCUAACUUCCUGGACACUCUUAACAAGGCACAUUCUUCCGUAAAAUUUACGAUGGAAACCGAAUGCAAUGGCAUGCUCCCUUUUUUGGGCAUCCAGUUACUGAACCGAUCGCCCCACAUAGAGACAAAGGUGUACGUAAAACCCACGAAUUCAAGUCUCCUCUUACAUUACCAAAGUCACGUUGACAAUCGGUACAAACAGGGUUUACUCCGAACUAUGCUGGGCCGAGCACAUCGUUUAUCUUCUUCUUGGUCACACUUCUCAGACGAAUGUGACCGAUUGAAGACAGUAUUCUCGCGUUUAAAGUACCCCAAACACCUCAUCGACUCUGCCACCAAAAAUUUCGUUGACUUUAAGGUUUGUGACCAGCAGCGACCAUUAUUACCAACUAAAGAGAUGGAUGACACAAUUCCAGUGGUUCUACCAUUUAAAGACCAAACCUCAGCAAAUUUUGUGAAAGGACAACUCAAGGAUCUGAGCCUAAAAGUGAACACCAACAUCCAGCCCGUAUUUGUCAGCCGAAAAAUCGAUCAAGAACUGAAUGUGAAAGAAGCAAAGCCAUCGAUCGUAAAUGAACAGUGUGUUGUUUAUAAAUACCAAUGUGACCUGUGCGAUGCAGGUUAUAUAGGAUACACACGCGGACAUUUACACAAUCGUGUAAAAGGACAUAAACAACAGUCCUCAGCCAUUGCCAAACAUUGCAAGAACGUACACGGGACGAUCCCUCAGGACCUACUGAAAUGCUUCGAAGUUCUUAAGAAGUGCAGGAACAAAUUUGACUGCUUAUUGUACGAAAUGCUUCAUAUAAGAACUUUAAAGCCAAACCUGAACGUGCAAUCGGACUCUAUUCGUGGGAAAGGUGCGUCAGUACGUGAUAUUAACAACAGCCUUACAGAAUUGAAAGAAAAAUGUUCCAGGCUCUUUAAGGUGCAGUAUUCCAAGCCAACAAGUAAAAAAAGGAAACAAAAACAAAAUAAAAGGAAAGCAAAGAAAGCUAGGGCAACAAGAAUGGAAGCUAACUGCAAAAGAGUUGUUGAAACCAUUGCACCUCAGCAAGAGUUGCAUGAUGUUACAGAGCCUAUUGGCCCAUUAUCUCUUCAUUAUGAAGGAAUAAGUGGGCUCCUCAAAACACAAAGGCCAUAUAUCCAAUAUGCCUUUGAAAAGGGAUUGUUCACCAAAGAAUCACAGGACAUUAUCAAGCAAUAUCUACGCUUCAACUUAAAUGAGAAUCAUGAUGAUGAUGAAAGUGAUUGUAUCAAUGCUGAUGAGAUAAAUGAUGAUGAUCAAGAUUCUCAUAGCAGCAUUGAUGGUGAUGCUGAAGACAGUGAUGAAUAA